AUGACUUCAUACUGUUUUUUGGAUCGAUUUCCUGUCGAAAUACUACAUAUUCUAUUUAAUUAUAUACCUAUUCCUGAACUUUAUUAUAAUUUGUAUAAUGUUAGUGAUUAUAUCAAUGCUAUUCUAAUUCAUUAUUCAAUCAGUUUAAUUAAUUUAAAAUCAUUUCUUCAAUAUCAUGUUGAUUUUAUUUGUCAUCAUAUAAAACCUGAUCAAAUUAUUUCGCUUAAACUUUUUGAUGAUAUUGAUAAUAAUGGUCAAUCAGAACUUUUCUUUUCUCAUUUUCAUAUUGAACAAUUUACUCAACUUCAAUCAUUAACUUUAAUUAAUAUUGAAAAUACUUUCUUAGAAUUCAUUCUACCAAAUUUAAAUAGACUUAAUCAUUUACGUUCAUUUUCAUUUGAUACUACAGAAGAUUAUCGAAUGAUUAAUAAAGACUAUAGACUACGAUUUACACAAUGUAAAUCAAUUCUAUUGAAUACUUGUACAAAUUUAUUAUCACAAUUAAAACAAUUGACUUUAUAUAAUGUUCAAGAAAUGACAUUAAAAUCAUUGUCUUGUCUUCAUCAUUUAAAAAUUUCAGAAUGUUCAACAACAGAAUUAAAACGAAUCUGUUCGGAAAUACCACAAUUGAAAUCAUUUAAUGCUUGUUUACAAGGUGAUCCAAUAUAUAUUAAAGAUCUUUCUUCAUUAUCAAAUUUAACUUGGCUUAUUUUGAAAAUUGAUGUAUUUAAAAAUCAAUUUCUAUCAAUGAAUUUCAUUGAAGAAUUUCUACCAAAUUUAUUUCAAUUAAAACAUUUUGAAUUUCAAGCUAAUUAUGGUGAUGAUUUUGAUGAUGGAAAACGAUGGGAAAAAUUGACCAAGUCUCUUAUUACAUUUAAUUUUAAAUUCAAAUUAAGAUAUUUAUUUGAAAGUUUAAAUUCAUUUCGUACAUCAUUUUGGCUUGAAGAAAAACAUUGGUUUGUUGUUUAUCAUAAUGGAGAUUUAUAUACAAUUCCUCGUUUUGUUCCAAUACAACUUAAUAUUAAUAUUCCAUUAUCAAUUAUGUCAAACUCAUCGAAUCAUACUAUUUUCUAUGAAAAUAUAACUAAAUUAAUAGUAUCAACAGAAAUCUUUAAUGAAAAUCACUAUUUUCCUAAUGUAAAAAUUUUAAAAAUGAAUUGUUUAGUUUCAAUCGAAAAACUCUCUCAUAUAAUUAAUCUAAAUGAAAUAAAACAUUUGAUAUUAUCAUCACAAAAUAGUGUACGAAUGUUUUUAUUGAUACUACCUGUAAUGCCUCUUUUUAAUGAAUUAACAAUAACAGGAUAUUUAGUUCCAGUUUUAAUUCAAGAAUUACAAAAUAAUAUUAUUAAACAAAUACGAAUUCUUAAUUUACGUUUUUGUUAUUUUGAAAAAGAAUCUAUCUCUAAAACUUUAUGUCAUAUUUUUCCUUGUAUUGAAUAUUUAAAUGUAUCACUUAUUAAUUCAACAGAAGAUAUCGUAUUUUUUACCAAACAAUUAAAAUAUUUAUUAAAUGCAUCAUUUGGUAUGAAUUCAUUAUUUAAAAAAGAUAAAAACAAAAAUUGUCAAGAAUUACAAAUGUCUAUCGAUAAAAAAUACACAUGUCAAAUUGUUCAUUCAUUGAAUUACAAUACAUUAUCAUUUGUUCAUAUAUGGAACACUGAACAUUUUGAAGGUAUGGCUCGUAUUUGUUUAUUUGAUUUGUUACCUAUCGAACUAUUACAAAUGAUAUUUAGCUACUUUUUGGCACAUGAAAUUUUUCUUAGUUUUAUUGAUGUCAGUGAUUAUGUCAAUGCUACUCUACUUUCCUAUGCUGCUUAUCAAUUGGAUUUAAAAUUAAUAGAAAAAUCUCAAUUGAAUUCUUUUUUCUAUUGUAUUCGACCUGAACAAAUUAUUUCGUUAACACUCUCUCAUGACAACGAUACAUCUCAUCUAUCUAUAUAUUUCUUGUCUAUUUUUCGACUUGAACAAUUCAUUCGUCUACGAUCAAUUACAUUUAUCGAUAUCAAAUAUGAAUUGAUAGAAUCAAUUUUUAAUAACUUACAUAAACUUUCCCAAUUACGUUCGCUCUCAUUUGAUAUUGAAAACAUUAAAUAUAAAUAUGAAAUAUUCAAUAUUGAUUUUCCGGCAAAACUCAAUCAAUUAAAUUCGUUUUUAUUUAGUGUAUUUGUUCAAAUACUACCUCACUUAAAGCGUGUACAUUUGAACAAUGGUGAUCUUUUGAAAUCGAUAUCACUGCCUCAUCUUCAUCAUUUAAAACUAAAAAAAUGUUCACUUAAUCAACUUGAAGCGAUUUUUCAGCAUACACCACAACUCAAAUCACUCGAUGUUUGUCUACGAUUUGAGAAUCAGUUUUCUCAGAUUGUCUUAUCAUCGGUUCAAUUAAUUCGAUUAAAUCUGACAAUUGAGAAUUAUUCUGUGUCAAUAAACCAAUUGGAACAACUACUACUAAAUUUACCUUAUCUCAAACAUUUUGAAGUGAAUGCUAAUGGUAGAAAUCUUGCUGAUGGACAACAAUGGCAAAUAUUAACUAGAAAUCUCAUUACAUUUAAUUUCAAAUUCAAUACAAAUCUUGAUCUAAAUGAAAGAACUCUUCAUUCAUUCCGUACACCAUAUUGGCUAGAAGAAAAACAUUGGUUUGUAGCAUAUCAAAAUAAUUGUCUAUUUACAGUCUCGCGAAUCGCAUCAAUUCAUAUGAUAAUAUCUUCUUCUACAUAUGUCUAUACUACAGCGCCUAAUAUAACAUAUGUCAAUGAGAGUAUAACGAAAUUAACUAUCGAAGCAAUACCUACUCAAAAUCAAAUUCGAUAUACACAUAUCGAAAUAUUGAAUCUUCAAUGUUCAAUUUCACAUGAAGAACUUAUAUCUAUUAUUGAUUUAAGACAAGUGAAACAUUUAUUUAUAUUGUCACUAGUUGAUCUAUUAAAAUUGAUGCCAUUUGAACAAUUACUACCUCGUAUAUGUAAAUUAACAAUCUUGAAUGAUCUGACCAUGGAUAUGAUUAAACAAAUACGAUAUUAUCAAUUUGAACAAAUUCGUGAACUUGAUAUAAGUCUUAAUUAUGAAAAUAAAAACUAUAUUAUGAAAAAAAUAGUUUAUGUUUUUCCAUUUAUUGAACGAAUAUCAUAUAGAAACUAUCUUCAUUCAAUACAAGACAUGUUUCGUUUUAUUUAUGGAUUUGAACAUUUACGAAGUACAUAUUUUUAUACUUAUUUAAUAUUUCCUAAUAUUGCACGAAAUAUUUAUCGUAAUCCAGAAUUUCCUAUUGAUAUCUCUUGGCAAUUUGUUGAAGAUAAUGAUUUUUUAUAUCAUAUUUUUUCCUCAUCCAAUUGCAGACAAAUUAACCGAUCGAUUAAAGUUUCAGUGAGACUAACUUUUACAAUAGAGAUACUGAUUUGUCGUCAUCUUUUUAUUAUUUUUAGAUGCUGCAAUCAGCUGAAAAUAUUCAUUGGUUACAACAAUUAA